AUGGAGGAAAAACAACUUUACGGGGCAUUAACAGUAUAUCGAGAAAGAGGCGCAUAUCUAAGACGCUUGGAACAAUUUGAGAAAGCGAAAGCCUCUUACGAUGAAGCCUUUAGGAAUGCUCCAGAUGAUGUUCGUAUGCUCACGGGUAGGAGUCAAGUAUGUGCGGAUGCCGUCCAACCAGUUCAAGCUUAUUCCGACGCAGAACUUGCUCUUAAACUUGCUCCCGGAAACAUGAACGCUCGAAAUAUGCAAGCACGAGCUAUGUAUACAAUGUCUGAUUUCGAAAGAUCGGUAGUAAUGAACUAUCGAGGUGCCAGACAUCGGCGGCAACCACCAUACUUUAUAGAAGGUAUAAAUCAAGGUGUAGAAACCAUUCAAGACUGCAUAGGUGUUAACGCUGGCAAUGUAAUGAUUGAAUUUUUGCCAUUAAUAAAGCAAACAGAAGCGGCGAGGGUUGACGAGGAUGGACCUCAAAAACCUUUACACGUAUCUAGAAUACCGCGGCCAGAAAAGAAAAGGAAGCUCACUCAAAUGGAAGCACGAAAACAUUUAACAUUAGCUCGUGUCUUAGCUAUGAAGUAUUUAGGGCCUAUGGCAUACGAUAAAUUUUUCCUACAACAACUUAUGGAAGAUCCAAGACUAAAAUCUGCUAAUUCAGGUGGAAGUAUAGAAUUAAAGGAAAUAGUUAGGGAAGCUCUAAGAUCAUUAAGUGAAAGGCAAGAUAUGUUGCGUUCCCAACGUCCUUAUUAUACCAUUAAAUUGGCUGAGAAGGCGGAAUCCAAAUAUCAGAACAAGUAUAAAGACGAAGUAUUAAUUAAAGAACGGGAGAUAGGAGCUCGAACAGCAGAGAGACUUCUCAGACAACUUGAAAAAAGUAUGCGUGAGGAGCGUGUAAUGGAUUUGAUUGCACAAGCUGAAAGAAUGCAAUUAUUCUUGGAUGCUAAAACUCCACGUACUCUACCAGAUAAAGAAAUUUAUACGGAUAGAUUGUAUCGAGCGGUUGGAGAAGGAUAUUUGUGUCAACAUCGUUUAUCAUAUACUCUCAGUGAACGUGGUAAUAGAAGACGUAUAGCUUUCCUGAUGGGUUUGCCAGUUGGACGUCCAACUUCAUUUGAUUCUGUAAUGGCUAACUAUCCGUACAAGUUUAUAGAUAUAAAACAAGCCACUGCAAAAGUAAUGGCCUCUCUGGAAAUGUGUGAGAAUUCAACAAUGAAAUGUUGGUUAAUGUAUGAAUUAUCACGGUUGUUAUGUACCCAAAAGAAUUAUGCUCUGGCUAAGUUUUAUGCAAAGCGUUGUCAACGUGAAGCUCAAGAGAUUAGUAAUGUGACUUGGUGGCUUAAUGGAUGUUUUGUUUUAAUGAGCGGUGACAUGCAACAGGGAAAUUCUAAUGAAGUUCGCAUACAAGUUGAAGAAGCUUAUGAGUUUUCAAAGAAGCUACAAGACCCCGAACGUGUUCAAGCAUUCUUAGCUAAAUGUGCUGAAAUGGCCUCUGAGACUGUGACCGCUGAUGAAAGGAAAGCUAUAAUACAACGUGAGAGGCAAAUUAUAAAUGUUAUGGACGAACCACAGAGCGUUGAAACUCAAGUAUUAUUCAAGAGAAUGUCCACAGUACCUCCUGGUAGAAGAUUUUCAGUUCUACCUCGUAAGCCAGAAGCUGGUGAAGCUCGGGCGGAGCGUAAACGCUAUCGCCAAAGAGGAUUAUCUGUUAUCCCAGGCCCAGAACGCUCCCUUCCUAAACCACCGAAAUCUAAAACACUCGGAUUCCAACUAUUUGAUAUUUAG